AUUGAAUUGCUUCUCGCGGUACCGGUCACCGGUGGAACCAACUCCCCACCACCCGCCCCCGCGCCCGCGGGCUCCAGGCCGAGCCGAAGCUAGGCGCGAUGUCGCUGUCACCGGCGGACGGCGCAGCGUACUGGCUGCGGUGGCAGGUCCUCGUCUGCGGCGCGCUCAUCGCGCUGCCCACGGUGGCCGCGGCGGCGCUGCUGCCGCGGCUGCGGAGCUCAGCGCCGCCCCUGCGCGCGGCCGACCUCUGGGUUCCUUGCUGGGCGCGCCUCCACCCGGGCUGGCUCCUUGCCUACCGCGCCGUCGCGCUCGCCGCCGCUGUAGCGCUUCUCGCGCGCCUCGUCGUCGCGCGCGGCAUCACCGUCUUCUACUUCUACACCCAGUGGACGUUUCUAUUAGUCACCAUAUAUUUUGCGUUUGCCACAGCUAUAUCAGCCCAUGGAUGUUUGGUUUACUCAAGGAAAAGUUUGAGGAAAGCCGACGAAUCCCGUGGACUUCUUAAUGCUGAUGUCGAAAAUCGUGAUGUUUCCAAUUCUGUUUCUGGAGAGAGGAAAACAGAUGAGACAAAUAUGAUGAUGAGCUAUUAUGAACAAAUAGUGAAUGAGAGAAGAGCUGGGUUCUGGGGCCGGUGCAUGGAAAUCAUAUACCAGACUAGCGCAGGUGCAACAAUGUUGACUGAUGUCACAUAUUGGGGCCUUCUUGUGCCAUUUUUCUACCGUGACAAGUUUGGGUUAGCUUUGUUCACUGAUGGCAUGCACUCCUUAAAUGCUGUUUUUCUACUUAUUGACACACUUCUCAACAACAUGCCCUUUCCCUGGUACCGAAUGUCUUUCUUUGUUUUCUGGAGCUGCGCCUAUGUAACAUUCCAGUGGGUCCUUCAUGCUUGUGGAGGCGUAUCCUGGUGGCCGUACCCAUUUCUGGACCUUUCAUCAUCUGGAGCUCCUCUAUGGUACCUCGGCAUGGCCAUCGCUCAUGUCCCCUGCUUCUUCCUGUAUUGGUUGAUCGUCAAGGCGAAGCACACUUAUUUCCAACGGAUGUUCCCACAUGCUUAUGUUAGGGCAACAUAGACCCAUUUAUCUAAUCACAGCCCCUUUGAGAUGGGUAUGAGACCUGAGAACACGCCAGGACCGGCAUGUUGAUCAAUGAAUCGCAGAGGUUCACUGUCACCUGGGAACACGGUCUUGUGCUCUGUGCCUCUGUGUGUUCCUUUCCUUCGCUUGAACUUGAAGUGCACAUUGGAAGCACGCCCAUGGUUUCCCUUUCCCCCAAGGAUGAUGUAUUGCAUUUUAUGGUGAUAAAAGGACGCUUUUGAACUACAGUGCUCGAGUAUUUCUUCA